AUGGCGACCUCAUCUGCUCUCAUCACAGCAAAAUCACAAGAGCCCUGCGAUACCACCAAGGCGAUGCCAUUCCUCGACCUCGCCGCCGAGCUUCGCAACUUGAUCUACGAGCACAUAAGCGACACCACGCCGCUUCGUCUGCCUCAUCAAACGCAAGAGCCAAAGCUCGUCAAUCCUUCUCCAAUGCUCCUCGUCAACAAGCAAAUCGCGAAAGAAUACCACGACCUCGCUCUGAUCAGCGCCACCAUCGAGAUACAGGUCAUUGAUUUCGACUUCGAUCAUGUCAUCGCCUAUCUGGAUGGCCUCUCAGACAAGGACGCCGCGAGAUUGACCCGCAAUCCACCUACCCAAACGAUCCGUUUCGAGCUCUGGGCGGCGCCUCCGGUGCUUGGCUGGGUCAAAAUCAUCCCGUGGCUCGAGAAGUUCAAAGAGACGAAUGACAUUGCCAGCAAGAUCGGACUCCAGUACGUUUGGAAUCCAAGUGCGGGCAAGUCUGGGGCCAGGCCCAAGGUGACGGGCGGGGACAUCCAUCUACUCGUUGACGCAUUGGAGUGGAUGGAGGGCAAAGACCGAGCCUGGAAAGAGCUGGGCAAGAUCAAGGCUGCGCUGGAGUUGGGUGUAGGUUUGUGUAAGGGUUGA